AUGACCUGAUCUUCCUGGAUUCUGAGGAGGAGAGACAGGAGUAUGUCCUUAAUGAUGUUGGAAGGAUCUACUACGGCACUGAGAACCAGAUUGGAGAGAGGACAUGGAACUAUGGUCAGUUUAAUGACAAGAUUUUUGCUGCUUGUCUCUUUGUGCUGGAAAAGAGUAAAACUCCCAACUCUGGUUGGGGAGACCCAGUGAAUGUGGUGCGGAUCAUCUCAGCCAUGGUUAACUCUCCGGACGAUCUGGGUGUGUUGGAGGGAAACUGGUCAGGAGACUAUUCAAAGGGAACUUCUCCAACAUUUUGGAAUGGCAGUGUGGAAAUCCUGCAGGAGUAUCAUAGAAACAAUGGCUCCCCGGUGAAGUAUGGCCAGUGCUGGGUCUUUGCUGGAGUUUUCACUACAACUCAGCGCACGAUACAGAUGUGUCCCUGA